UGAAGAGGUUCCGGGGAAAGCGGGAGUUUCCGGAACGGUGGGGGAAAAGAGCGGGCCGGGUUGCGAGAGAGGAUGAAGAAGGAGCAGGUGGCGCACUGCCAGUUCUCCGUGUGGUACCCGCUGUUCCGCGCCGUCACCAUCCGCAGUGUCAUACUUCCUCUACCAGAGAAUGUGAAAGAAUAUUUGCUGGAUGAUGGAACACUUGUGGUUUCUGGAAGAGAAGAUCCACCAACUCAAACCCCAGAGGGGAGUGAUGAUGCAGAGGAAAUACAGUGGUCAGAUGAUGAGAAUACUGCAACACUUAAGGCACCAGAGUUUCCAGAGUUUACAGCUAAAGUUGAAGAAGCCAUAAGUUCCUUGGGUGGCAGUGUUUUUCCUAAGCUGAACUGGAGUGCUCCAAGGGAUGCUUACUGGAUUGCAAUGAAUAGCUCUCUGAAAUGUAAAGCUCUAAGUGACAUUUUCCUCCUCUUCAAAAGUUCAGACUUCAUUACUCGUGACCUUACUCAGCCAUUUAUUCACUGUACUGAUGACUCCCCUGAUCCUUCCUUGAACUAUGAGCUUGUUCUUCGCAAAUGGUGUGAACUAAUUCCUGGUGCAGAAUUCAGAUGCUUUGUCAAGGAAAACAAGCUGAUAGGUAUAUCACAGAGGGACUACACUCAAUACUAUGACCAUAUCUCCAAGCAGCACGAGGAGAUCUGUAGAUCAAUACAGGAGUUUUUCAAGAAACACAUACAGUAUAAAUUCUUGGAUGAAGACUUUGUUUUUGAUGUGUACCGAGACAGCAGGGGUAAGAUUUGGUUAAUAGAUUUUAAUCCGUUUGGAGAAGUAACAGACUCACUGCUGUUUACGUGGGAUGAACUGACCUCUGGGAGAAAUCUAAAAGGCGACCAGAGUGAAGGGGAAGCAACAGAACAGGACUAUCCAGUUUUUCGUUGUACAAACAGUCAAGUUACUGUCCAGCCCAGCCCAUACCUGAGUUACCGACUACCGAAAGAUUUUGUGGACCUGUCUACAGGAGAGGAUGUUCACAAAUUAAUUGACUUUCUUAAACUGAAAAGAAAUCAGCAAGAUGAUGACUGAGAUAUCAAGAAGCGUCGCAAUUAAUUGUGGAACAAUUCAAUCAGGAAAUGCAGAAAAAGCUAUGUUUAGGGCAACUAUUAAGCUAAAGAAAAACUGUCUUUUAUAGUCAACAAAAGAACUUAAAAGCUGUUCAUCUUUAUGUGUCUGUUGGCUUAUAUAACAAUGUAGAAAGCUUCUUCGUGAAAACAUGGAGGAUCAGGGUGAGAUCUUCUUGGAUUCCAGCUUAAAGGCCAUGAUACAGUGAUGCAAGCAACAAUCUGAGUGCAACUGACAGCCUUCGUAUCACAUAAUGUAAAAAUGGAUGCUAUUGAAAUAUGCUAUUGGACUCUCUGGUCAUAAAUAGGACAACAUCUAAUUCGUCUGCAGUUAAAACAUCAAGAAUUCUCUGAAUUUAGACACUGUCUUGCUUAAAACAGAAUAGUUACAAGGAAAAACUUCUUCUUCAUUGUGAAGGCUGCUCCUUCCUUCAUUUCAUGGAACAGAUGUAACUACUAAUGCUUCCUUGAAACUUAUUUUUAACAUGAUUAUAUACCAGGCAUCAGCUUUGGCUUUAAUAUAAAUAGUUAAACGCAACAUGAACCUGUAAUUUUAUGUGGACUCAAUCUCACUUCUUCUGGAUUACUUAAGAAAAUGAUUACUGUUUUUGUCUUAAAUUCUGUACUUUCUUGAUACUACUUCAUGUUCUUUGUAUAGAAGGAAAAUUGACUAAACUGGGGAAAUGGAAGCUCUUGGUACUGAUUUUUUUAUUUUUUUUUUUCUCCUAUCAAAGGGGGUCAUUUUCAGACUAAGAAGCAGCUGCCUUCUGGACAUAGGUGUUUGCAUGGUGUCGGUAGUGUGUUCUGUUGGAGAUACUCAGCCACUGGAAACUGGUUCCUAUGUUGGACCAGUUAUGUGAUACUCUGUGUGUGUAUGUAAAGUUAUUCGUGUUUCUUGCCUCGCUUUUGCUGGCAAGUUGAUGUGGCACUCAGUUACCAUCUGUUCUUAGAUGUUAAAUCUGAGUUUAGAUGUUAAAUGAUUUCUUACUGUCACUAUUUAGCUUCAGUUUUGAGUGAACUCUUGACUAAAGAUUACGUGGAGUAAGAAUUCAGUUCUACCAAAUAUAAUUUAUUAAACAUCACAGAUUUACAGCCCCUCUAAUCUGUAGAGAAUCUGCUCUACUCUUUCACUCUGAAGCAUUGGAAUCUCCUUCUCCAUAGCUUUUUGUUCACAAAUUAGGUGGACACUAACUUAGGGCUGGGCUCUACCGAAUUCUGUUGUACUACAGGACUUUUGAGGAGGUUUUUCUCACCCUUAUCAGAAAGGUGUAUAAAUGUUUCUAAAUCAAGUGGGAACUUCAGAACUUAAAAAUCAAAAAAGCUUUACUUUCUCUUCUGAAGUUACUCCUUCCUGGCCAUAACCUAAAGAUCUAACUGAUUAUCUCUAAACAAGAUAGCACCCUGCAGUUCCUCUUCAUAACUACAGAUUGUUGUCCUGAAAGAUACUGAAUUUUGGUUUAAAGCAGUAAGAUGGCUUUCUGAAUCUUUUUUUUUAUCAUCAUCACAGCUUUCAGUGCUGGAUAUUUAGUGGAACAAAUAUGGUGUCAGGACUUGUUUGAUGGGACCCUGUGUACUCUGAAGCAUCCCUUUAGCUGAGUAAACUGCAGCAAUAGCCUUUUAACAAUCCUUCACAUCUUGAGUUUGUUAUUUCUCUUGAAGAUGGCAUGACUGAUCAUAAUGCAGAACUCUUAGACAUGCUGGCAUGAUGUUUUUCUUGUGCUCUGUGUUUAUAGUUCAGCUGUUCUAGAACAAAUCCCAAUGGAACUGAAAACUAGCUUAGAAUGUGUGUCCCUAAACAGCUUUGCUUGUUUCCAGCCUGAGCAAAGUUUGUUUUUCUCCCCUGUGAUGCUAAGAGAUGACCAGUCUGAAUUAACAGGUUGCUCAACCAAGCUACCAAACACUGAUAACUAUCUUUAUUUUGAGUUGCAGGAACUUAAACUUCCUUUGGGCUUAAUGAAGAACCAUAUAAGGAAGCAGAACAGGAGGAUUGCAGCUCAGCAAGAAGUAUCAGACAAGUCUUCAUUAUUUCACAGCCAACGGCUGUGGUAUUUAAUCUCUCAGAUGAAUGAAUAGUGGGAGUCAGGAUUCCAAUGACCCUGCAAGUAAUACUUAUUAGCACGUAGUGGCUUAGUUCAGUACAGUUCUAUUCCAUUCACUCUUCCAAUGCUGUCCUUGUCUUCCUGACUACCAACAUAACAUUUUGAGUGAAAGUUAAGAUUAGAAUAAGCAGCAUCACGGAUAAUACUGUUCUUAAUUUAAAAACUUCUCUCUCUCUGUCGACUUGUUUCCACCUAAAAAGAGAUGUUCUGACUGAAUUUUCUGAGAGGUGCUCUAUUAUGUCUGAAAAGGAUCCUAAAAAUAGUAUAAUUUUCCUCAGCUCUGGGUUUCAGUAAAUGAAUAGCACUUGUUGGAAUCCAGUCACACUCUAUGACUUGUUAAUCCUCCUAAUUUCAUUUAACGUUCCUUGCUAGAAAUUUCAUGCAUCUUAUUCUUAAGCACUUGCACUUAGCUGAUGUCCAGGGUGCAGUGCUGGCCAGAGAAAAGGUACACAGUGAGACACAGUUCAGGCGCUCGUUUAAGCACUGCAAACAAACAGUCACAGUUUAAGGCUUUCGUGAGACUAUUGCCAGUUGAAAAGGUUCAAAAGCAGAUCAUUGGUAGUGUGGAGGUGGGUAACAAAGUGGUGCAAAGCUGCCUAAAAGCACUUCCUGGUACUUUUGUGUGGGCUUCAGUUAGUUUAGCUCUUACAAACUGUCCCGAUUCUGAAGUGUUGAAUAGUUGGAGAAGAACAGAAGGUAUCUGUCAGUGAAUAUAAUUGCACAAAUCAGCUUGGCAGCUAGCAAAUAAUUUUAACCCCAGAGGUCAGAGUUAUGCUGCUUAGUUUGUGU